AUGAAGAAAAAGCGAAAUGUCGCAAGCGAACUGGUCUCGAGAGCUUCGUCCGUCCUACCGAAAUUCACGGAUGUGUUCGAUGAGGAGACCUUCUACAUAUUUUUCGCUUUUCUGGUAGUAGUAUCAUUCUUGAGAAUUGUACUUCCAGAAGGAGGAAUAAAUCGAACAAAACCGGCCGUUUUCGUCAUUGAUGAGAAGAUUGAGACCGACUGUUCCGAGUGGAGACCACAAGUUUCUCACGAAAAUCCAUCCCGGUAG